UAUUUUUAAACCUUUUUGACUUGCCAUCCAAAAUGGUGAACCUCUGCAAUCUUUGCCUGAAAAUACGAGUACAAGUCGUCAAAAGGGGACAUUCGCAAAAGUUUCUGCGAGCUCAGUGUGCUUUGGAAGAAUUAAUUCACAAUGCAGAUGAUUUAAACAGUAUUUGUUUACCAUGCCUCGCUAAGCUGGAAGGACUGAUCACUUUUAAAAGAUUCAUUGAACAUAACAUACAGGUGAAGAAACGCAAACGACCUGCCCCACCAGAUGUACAUGAUUAUGCUACAAAGAAGAUUCAGUUUGAAAUUCAGACUCAUACAGUUUCACAAACUGAUCCAAAAAUUGCCGCUACUUCAAAUACAGCCACUUUAAAAGCUUUUUCUAUAGACACAAAUGAAAAAGUAACAACUACCAGUAGUUUUGCUACCACUUCUACAACAGCCACCAAAACUGUGACUUCAAGUUUGCCUGCUCACUCUGUACAAACAAUAACUGCUUCAGCAGUUACAGCAAGAGCAUCUUCUGUUUCUGCAACCAUAAAAGCUCUUACUUCACAUUUGACUGCUUCAGCAGUUUCUGCAAGAGCAUCUAAUGCUUCUACAACAACUGCCAAAUCUGUGACUUCAAGUUUGCCUGCUCACUCUGUACCAUUAACAACUGCUUCAGCAGUUACAACAAAAGCAUCUCCUGUUUCUACAACAACUGCCAAAACUGUGACUUCAAGUUUGACUGCUUCUUCUGUAUUGACAUCAUCCGCUUCAACAGUUUCUGCAAGAGCAUCUUAUGCUUCUACAACAACUGCCAAAACUGUGAAUUCAAAAUUGACUGCUCUCUCUGUUCUGACAUCAUCAGCUUCAGCAGUUAAUGUAGGAGUACCUCCUGUUUCUGCAAGAACCUUAAAACCUUUGACUUCAUGUUGGACUUCUCCUUCUGUACUUACAACAACUGCUUCAGAAGUUACUGCAAGAGCAGCUACUGCUCUUACCACAGUCUCUGCCACACAACCAACAGCAAAAGCUAAAGCCCUUGUGACAGACAAGCCUAGGGACUAUUUACAUGAACCCACUACAGCCCCCACAAGUGGGGCAACGGGUACAGUGACAGAAAGUGAGAGUGUUACCGCCAAAGAGCAUGUGGACCAUUGUUAUGCAGAAAUGAACAAUUGGGGCACGAAAGAGUUACCUGAAUGGAAGAAGAAAUUUGUUGCAAUGCCAUUUGACACUGACAAGCAGAAGAAAAUCAUUGAUGUUGUAAAACGAGCAGUAUCUAUGCUGGCUGAAAACAAAAACAGCAUUCUCUUCAAUAUUGCCCCUGGCGUGAGUGGUGAGACAGUAUUCUCGGACGCAUAUGCAGAACUUAAGAAGAAUGUCCCCUUUCUGUUCGAUCUCCUCGAUGAGGUAGUGGGGAAUAACGGGAACAAGCCGGCAACCAUCGCCCUCAUCUACUCCAUGAUUGUCAACAGCCGUAACAAGAACGCCUCCGCAAUUCAACGAAUACUUACUGUUCUUGCUGUCAAGUGCCAUGCGAACAAUGAUCUUCUCGCAAAGCUGAACAAGCUGCACAUCACCCUAUCAGAGCAUUCAAAACGGAACAUCAUGAAGGAGUUGAAAUGUCACGAGUAUAACCUCCAGAAGGUAAAAGAGGGGGAUGACAUACAACUUCUAGAGCCGCCACCGGAACCUGCACUGUUUAGUAAUGGUUAAUUGCCAUUCCAUGGCAUGCAGUUAUAACAAGUCAAACUGUUUUUACAUCAUUUUGUGAAAACUGGGCUUCGUGCAUGAGUGUUAAGGGUCAUCACAGAUCAGCCUGUGCAGCCUGCUUAUCUGCAGGGUUGACACUCUCUGAUUUAAUGCAUCUUUUCUUUUGAAGGAAGUCUCUUUUAACCCUUUCAGUGCGGAAACCGAAUUUUGAAGGCCUUUGCAAACAGUUUGGAUCCAGAUGA